AUGGCGAAGCGGGCAGCCCUGCGCCUACGAACCUUCCGCCGCUCGCAGACAUACAAAUUCCUGAGGACACUCCUUCUCCUUACACUAGUCUACACCCUCAUAGACGUGCUGCACGUACGCAAGGCAUGGACGGCAGAGCAAGAAGAGGCGCCGCUGCUCGGCCGAGAGAGAAUCUACAUCGCCAGCAUGCUCUGGAUGGACGAGGCGGUCAUCCGCAGCCACUACGGCGACGCCCUGAUUGCCAUUGCGGAGGAAAUUGGGCGUGCAAAUGUCUUUGUUAGCAUACACGAGAGUGGGAGUUGGGACGAUACCAAGGGCGCGCUGCAGUUGCUCGAGUCGAAGCUGACAUCCAUUGGGGUGCGGAGUAAAUUCGUCUUGGACCCGACGACGCACACGGAUGAGAUAAUGAAGGAGCCGGCGGAGACGGGGUGGAUUAGGACUCCGCGGAAGCAGCUGGAGCGGCGGCGUAUCCCUUACCUUGCCGAUUUACGCAACUUGGUCAUGCAGCCGCUGUACGAGAUGGAGAAGAAGGGGGAGAAAUUUGACAAGAUUCUCUUCCUGAACGAUGUCGUGUUCAACUCCGAUGACGUGCGGACAUUGCUGGCCACGAGAGGCGGCGACUACGCGGCUGCCUGCUCUCUGGAUUUCAAACACCCGCCGGUGCUCUACGAUACGAUGGCGCUGCGCGAUUCCGAAGGCCACGAUCCCCUAUCGCAAAGGUGGCCAUUCUUCCGCUCGCGAAAUUCGCGGCGCGCAAUGAAAGCAGGCGAUCCUGUCCCGGUCGACAGUUGCUGGAACGGUAUCGUCGUCAUGGACGCGGCUCCCUUCUACGCAGACAAGCCGCUAGCCUUCCGCGGAAUCCCCGAUAGCCUCGCAGCGUCGCACAACGAGGGAUCCGAGUGCUGCCUGAUUCACGCAGACAAUCCCCUCGCACGCUCGCGCGGCGUCUGGGUGAAUCCUCGCGUCCGCGUAUCAUACGACACCGAAGCGUACGGCAAGAUAUCUCCCACCCCGCCCUGGUUAUCGAUGUGGCAGAGUGUGACAGGCACGUGGAGUAAUCGCAUCUUACGCUGGUCUACAAGUCCUUGGUUCAAGCAGCAGGUUAUCAAACGGCGGGUACGGAGCUGGCAGCGGACUGCGCCGCUGGAGCAUCGCGAGGUCGGGACGGUGUGCUUGAUUAAUGAGAUGCAGGUGCUGUCGCCGAUUGGGUGGCAGCAUGUGUGA